CCGGGCGGGCGGCGCGGCCUCAGGAUGAAGUGUAAGCCCAACCAGACGCGCACCUACGACCCCGAGGGCUUCAAGAAGCGGGCGGCGUGCCUGUGCUUCCGCAGCGAGCGCGAGGACGAGGUGCUGCUGGUGAGCAGCAGUCGGUACCCAGACCGCUGGAUCGUGCCGGGCGGAGGCUUGGAGCCCGAGGAGGAGCCCGGCAGCGCGGCGGUGCGCGAGGUGUACGAGGAGGCAGGGGUCAAGGGGAACUUGGGGCGGCUACUGGGCGUCUUCGAACAGAGCCACGAGCCCAAGCACCGAACGUACGUGUUCGUCCUGACGGUCACCGAGCUGCUGGAAGACUGGGAAGACUCCGUCAGCAUCGGCAGGAAGCGGCAGUGGUUCCGAGUCGAAGAGGCCAUCAGGGUGCUCCAGUGCCACAAGCCCGUGCACGCCGAAUACCUGGAGAAACUGCAGCUGGGCGGUUCCCAAGGCAAUGGCCUCUCCACCGCCUCGUCUCCGCCGGAUAGCCAGUCCUAAUGAACAUCAAAUAUGUUCAGGAUUGCCUGAAAGAAUCAUUGAUAUGAGCCCAGUGAUCAGUGGAAUUGUCAAGUACAGGAGAGUGUUUCCAUGGUCUCAAGGAGACAGCACACCUGAUUUUCUGCCUACAUCUUGGGACACUCCUUUUCUGUCUAUUCCACUGACUCCUCUUGCCCUAGUUGUUGUACUAUCCAUGAACAAACUCAAUGGAGAUUUUUGUUGUACUUUUUUGAUGUCUGCCUUCUCCAGUAGACAGUGAUAUCCUUGAGGGCAAGGACCACACUUCCUUACUCUUUGCAUACCUUGCACUUGAGCUACUUGAAAUAUGGUUGGCAACACUAAAGGUUCUUUUAUUGAAUUAAUAUUUUGCAAUCAAUUUGUAGAAAAACACUCCCCUUCCAAUCUAGUGCUAGUGAAAUAUAUGCUAUCUAGACACCAUAUGUGUAGCUUCUGUGUAACACGUAUUUCAGAAGCAUUUCAAGGCAAUUGUAACAAUUUUUAAUAUAAGAAUUAAUAUUCAUAUUUCUGUGUCAUGCAUCACAUUGACUAGCAUAUUUUCAAGAUUACCCCCAUGACUUAGGACAACAUUUUGUAGAAUCAAUUCUUUGUAUAGCAACUUCAGUGUUUUUAUACUGUUGUUACUUUGCUUAAAUUUUUUUCAAGAAUCCCACUUGUUAUAAAAGUAACUAAAAUCAAAGGAACACUAUAAUAUUAUGAGUUUAUGAAAAGAAAUUAUAAAAUUAUAUAUAAAUAAUGUAAAUUUUUCCAAUGCCCUAGCUACUUCUUACGUGUUACCUUAACAUAUAUUUGAAGGAAACAUGGUUUUGAUUUUUUUUUUUCAUUUUAAACAUUUGGGAUACCUUAUUAUGUUAUGCCAGAGCCAAUGAAAAAUGCAGUUUAGGAAAUCUCCAAGUUAACUAUGCCAUUUACUUUGCCUAGGUUUCUCUUACUAAUUCAAUUGGCCACAGUUUCUAUCCCCUUUUCAAAUAAAUACACUAAGCUCCUCAAAGCACCAGUAUUCUGCAAGUGAGAAUGCAAAGCCAGGGCUGAGAGCUAAACUGUUGGCACUUGAAAAACCCAUGGGGGAGGAAGGAGACUGUUGUAAGUAGGAAAUAGGAAAUGAAGGAUUUUGAAAGAGUGGACUUGAGUUAUCUGCCUCCAGGAAUACAAAAUUAAGAAAAAGACAAAGAUAUUUAGAUGCAUUUGUCCCCAAUCUCCCACAAAGGUACCAAAGUGCCUUCAAUAUGAUAGUUAUUUAGUUUACAAAUUUUCUUUCUGUUACCAUGAAAUGUAUUCAUUGUGUCCUAAAAUUUCCAGAAUUACAAAUAAAAACACAUCUUCUAAGUUUUUGAUGCAAUUCAGAAUUGUGGUUAUGUUUUUAUCUUUAAAAUUCUUUUAGAGAGAUGUGCUGAAAAACUUACAGAUGAAACGACAUGCUACUGGUAUUUGCAUCAAGUAAUUUUAAGUGUGGGAUAAUUGAGAACAUAGAUCCAAUAAGAUUGUUUAUGAAAUGAUAAUUAUUGAAGCUGUGUGAUAGAUAUUUGGGAACUCUUUAUGCUAUUUGCUACCCGUUUGUAUAUGCUUAAAUUUUUCCAUAAUAAAAAUUGAAAAAAAAUCGAUGAUCAGAGUUUACUUCCAGGCCCCCCUUUGCCCUAACAUUUAAGAGGGAUGGCUGAUCAGAAAACAAAUCCAAAGUCCCGACAGAUUCAUGUCUCCAUGAACUUAACCAGCUGCUUAAGAAGCGGAACAGACCAAAAGCUUAGUUUUGUCACUGACCUAAAUUUGCUGGCACACUUGCUCUUCCCUUAGAGUGAAUUCUUUCUUUAGAGGAUAUGCAUGAAAAAAUAGAUGUUCAACCUCACUAGAAUGCCUCGUAAUCACAGAAAACUUUGAACUCCAGUGAUGGACAUCAACUUCAGCUGUAAAUCAGACAACACUCCUACUUCAUAACAGAAAAGUGGGUGAAGGGAGACGUCGGACAGUGUAAGA